AUGACGAGCAAGACAGGUGGUACUGGUGAAAGGAAGAAAAGUGGAUGGAGCGGAAGCGUUCGCGUUCGCCGGCGCCGCGAUCCAUCUACCAGUUAUCGUCGCAACGGGCCAGCCCGCGGUAGUUUUGACAUUCUAUCAACUCCUACAGGACUACUACUUAAACACUUUUAUACCGGAAAAUGUCGGACUUUGUCACAUUCAUUUGGAGAUUUACAAUUGUGUCAAAUGGCUGCUAACUUCGGAGGAGGCCUUCUUGGGGAGGUCCAUGAGGAGAGACUCGACGAGGUGCUUGAUGAUCUUCUGGGUGUCUUUACAACACCCGUCCCUGCUGCACAAGACAUGCAUCUGGAAGGGCAUAUGCCGCAGGACCAUUCCGGGGAUGCUCAGGGAGCUUACAUGGAUGAUCCUGAGGGCGAACACCCAGCUCACGGCGAACUUAUCAACGAUGAGCAUGCAGGCAUGCAUGGUCUGCCGAUGGUGGUACCAAACCACGCAGAGCCAGUCCUGGAGAUCUCGAGCAGGCUUUCUGCAGCCGGAAAGUCGCAUCUCCUGUACUAUCUCGCUGCAGUUGCUAUUUUACCAUCUUUGUUCCAUGGUAUCCCGCUCGGUGGGCAUGAAUCGGCAGUGGUAUUCAUUGACACGGACGGCCGUUUUGAUGCUGAGCGGCUUAGAACAGUGCUGAGAGGGAUCGUGCACGCCAAUAUUAACGCACUGGCCCAGGGAUCGCCUGGAUGGACGUCUGAGGUUGGAAAUGAGGAAAUUGAAAGUAUGCUUGUCGUCAGUUUGCAACAUGUCCACGUCUUCCGCCCACAAUCGUCAUCUGCUCUCCUUGCUACACUUCACCAUCUGGAUGCAUACAUACUUGAUCUAUCUCGCCAUUUAUCUUCCACUCGACCGGUGCAUACUAUCUAUCUUGAUAGUGCCACUGCUUUCUUAUGGCAGGAUAAAUUGCAGGACGAAAUUGCCCGAGUGGAAGAUAUCGGGCACGUCCAUGCUGACCCGGAGCAUGAGCGUACUCAGAAACAACGGUUCCAGAUCUCAGAUCUCUAUGCUGCCUUUAUAGCAAAAUUGAAACGACUACAGCGACUUUUAGGUUGCAUGGUGGUUUACACCACUACGGUUCAGGGAAGAUUCCCCGGUGCUCGUGGUGGUAACCCAGCGUCCUUCCGUGCCAAAGGCGCCUUCUUUUGGGCCUGCUCUUCCAGCCCCUUGGGGUAG